AUGGAAGUUGAUAGCGAAGGAAAACCAGGUCAGUCAAAUACCUUUUCGAUUCUUAGAUUCGUUUUCAAAGUUUUUUUAUUCCAGUUAUUUCCUGUGAAGCUCCAGCCUGUUUUGGUGUAUCCCAAUCGUCAUCAAACCGUCGCCCAAGAGAAGUGUCUGUGGUGAGUUUAUUCGAACAAGAAAGCGCUGUAAACUUUAUACAAUAGGCGAAAUUGUCACUUUCCGGACAGCUGUAUUUUCUGUUGUAUUCGGAAAGAACAACAAUAGAGGGUUCGAGAAAGUGAGAUGAGGGUCAGACGGUCAUUUAGAAAAGCAAUGGAACUAGUGGUCAAUGAUCCAAUAGAAAUGUUGAAAAACUGUAGACGAAUGAGCUAAUUAUCUGACGGUUUGACUGACAGCAAAGGUUAGGUCACUGUGGAACGACGUCUCAGGUGUUUUUCUGUUCAUUUGCACGCUGAAUCGGAAUAGUUUCUAGUUUGAACUAACUUCGUCGCAUUACUGUAUUUUAUAGGCAAUGAGAAAGAUCUUUGAGAUUUGAGUUACCCCAAUUAGGAGUUCGGUCAUUUUCCAAUUCAACGUUGCUUUUCCGAUCUUUUUCGCUCUUCCGUCCUCAUCCAAUUAUCAGCAUCGAGAGUAGCAUAAAUGAAUGGAGGUCAUUAACUGACGCCUACGUUCAAAAGUACACCGAACCGGAUAUUCGGGAUGUGGUUCUUGACCAAAAAGCACAAAACCGGAUCGGCAAACCAAUUGAGUUCUUGCGUAUGAUUUGUGGCAAUCCGGCUGUUUUCUCAGAGAAUAAUAGCAAAGGCGGUUCAUGUGAUUUCGAGAUUUCAGAGUUGUGAUCCAUUCAAAGAAGUCGUUUGCGUCGAUGAACUUCAAUGGACCUCUGGUCUUGUGGAAAUCAAUAACGGAACACAUAGAACGUACUGUGCAUUCCACAAGACUGAUUGAAAUUUUAAAAUUUCAGAUUGAAAACGGAAUGUUGCUCGUAUGAAGCAAUGGCUUCUGCUCAAAGUGUCAAGAGCAUUUUCCUUGGCCCCGGACAGUCUUAUGUUGGAGGCCUUGUCGAGAAAAACGGAGAACGAUCCGGAUUCGACCUUAUCAAGGAGAUCAGAAAAACUGUGAACGCUGACAACCAGUGAGUAGCCAAAAAUGUUUAAUGCAACUAACAUAAAUCUUUUUUUCAGAGUUCAAUACAUAGUUGGAGUUUACCGCAUGCCUUGCAUCGCACCUUCUGACUCGAGUAACUUAAAAUGUCGCUUUUCUUCUUUUAAUUACUAAUUUUAGGCGAGGAAAGAUUGCCUGUGCUUUCUAGAAACAAGAGAAAGCUUCGCGACAGAGUUGGAAAGUACGACGAUUACGAAGAGGACAGACACUUCAGAAGAAGACGUCCGUACGCCAUGAGAAGACGUACUCUUCUGCAGAGACUCGAGGACUACUACGACGACUACGACUACGAUUUCAGAGUCAUGAGACGACCAUUCAGAAAGUAAAAGCUGACCGUCUCCGGCAAAAUCUAUCGGUUUGCUUUUCCAGAAGCCGUUUGCCGUACAACGAAAAUGCAUUGUGGCCUCUUCAGUACUCCGCUCCACAACGCCCACGCGCUUAUGCGGAGAACACGUUCCAGGACAAGUCAGGUGUGUUAACGACAAUGCAAGACGGAUCCGCGGCUCUUUCUAACUAUGGUGAAUCUUCAGUGGAAUCCGGACCACUGCCACCGCCGCCCAGCUCCAACUACAUCGACGUGAGUUUCCAGACUAACAAUCUAACAUCGACCUAACCUUCACUAACUUUCUAGUCACAAAACGUUGCGCCGGCGUCGCCCAUCGUUCAGUCUCCGGCUUACCCACAGCCACCACAGAUGCCUCAACCUCCGCCAAGUGAUUCAUACACCGGAAACUAUCAAAACUCAUAUGCGACAUAUAACGCAUAUCCGACGGACCCAGGCAGUCAGUACAGUGGAUAUCCGGCUCAGCAGCAAGUCGUCUAUCAGCCUUCCCCACCGGCUUAUCCAGCGUAUCAACCUUCUUACUCAGGCUAUACGGUACAUCCGAGUAACUCUAUUUCAUUCACUACUAACAUUUUUAGCCAAACUUGAACGGUGUCUUCACUCGGCUUCCAUUCCAAUGUUUUUCUGGCGAUAUGGAAGUGGAAACCGAGGAGGGAAUCAAGCUGAUCAAGGAUCUGAAAGUCGGCGACAAAGUUCUCAGCAUGGACGAAGCCUUCGUGACCUACUCACCAGUCAUCAUGUUCCUCCAUAAACGCGACGAGGAGAGGGCCGAAUUCAAUCUCAUCGAAACUUCGAACGGACAUUCCAUCAAACUGACCGACAAUCAUCUCAUCUACGUCUCUGAUUGCAAUGCCAAAGCGGAUUUGAAGUGAGAAAGAGAAAACAUGAACAUCGAAAGAUCGGAACGAGACAAUCAUUUUCAUUUUGCAGAUUGGUCGCUGCGAAAGACGUGAAAGUGAACAAUUGCAUUCACGUGACCACCGAGAAGAACGUCGUCGUCAAGAAAAAAGUUUCUAAUAUCAGCAAGGUCGCUGGAACCGGCAUCUACUCUCCGCUCACCUCUACUGGAGACAUCAUCGUGAACAAGGUCCUGGCUUCUUGCCACUCCAACCUGGCACUUAAAUCACUUCAACAAACGUUCUUCUCCUUGUACAAGCGGACCUCGAGCGUUGUCAGCAACUUCACUUUCUUCAAGAGCUAUACGGAAGAGGGACAUUUGCCGUUCGGAGUGGAGACUCUCACGAGUGUUAUGGACUUGUUCAUUCCGCAAUCGUUUGUCUAG